CUUCUAUUACACCCAUCAGUUUGUUGCGAUAAAAAGCGUUGAGUGUAUUUGGCUUGUAGUUUGACGAUUUUCAGCAAUUAAGCACUCCGAGAAUGGCGGAAGAGUUCGAUAAUUUACCGUCGAUGACGGUGAAAGAACCGCUUGAUUUGGUGAGGUUAAGUCUGGACGAGCGCAUCUAUGUAAAAAUGCGCAACGAUCGCGAGUUGCGAGGCCGUCUCCACGCGUAUGACCAACACAUGAAUAUGGUACUGAGUGAUGCAGAGGAGACCAUCACAACAGUUGAAAUUGAUGAAGAAACUUAUGAGGAAGUCUACAGAUCAACGAAACGCACGAUUCCAAUGCUGUUCGUACGCGGCGAUGGCGUCAUCCUUGUUAGCCCGCCAAUGCGUACCGCAUAAGGAAACAGACGCACUGGAAUACUUAUUUGUAGAAACAAAUUUAUUUUCAAUAAGGUCUUAAGAAAUAAUAAUGAUUAAGUCGAUUUACAAAAUUGGAUGGCAAUUUGCUUGCGAAAUAGAAAAUAAAGAUAAUUUAAUGAUAAUAAUAA